CCGGCUGGGCAGGAUUCCGGACAACGCCUGGUUCCUCUCGGGUCCUUCCGGCGUCGCCGGAGUGAAUUGAUCCGGGAGUUGAAGAGGGCUCCAAAGGUGGGAAGUGAAGUCAGUGCCUCAGUUGCCGGUGAGCGAGUCAGAAGUCUCAGCAGCACCAAAUUGAAGAUCUCAAACUUCUGCUGCUUUGUACCACUUGGAGCGACUUUGAAUCAGAGCCCCAUUCCUCCUGGCUUCAGUCUUCACUCAGCGUGGAGUCUGGGGGUCUUGGCUGUAAGCAGAUUGACCCAUGGAUGACAUAUGGAGCAGGGCAGGUCAGUAUAUGUUUUGUGCCCUAUUUUAUCACAAAAAAGAGAAGAAAUACUGCAGUGAAUGAAGAUUCCUCUGCAUUUUAGCACUGCCUUUUCUACUGUAGUUGGCUUUUGAAUGAGGAUGACAAUGGAAGAGAUGAAGAAUGAAGCUGAGACCACUUCCAUGGUUUCUAUGCCCCUCUAUGCAGUCAUGUAUCCUGUGUUUAAUGAGCUAGAACGAGUAAACCUGUCUGCAGCUCAGACACUGAGAGCAGCUUUCAUUAAGGCUGAAAAAGAAAAUCCAGGACUCACGCAAGACAUCAUUAUGAAAAUUUUAGAGAAAAAAAGUGUAGAAGUUAACUUCACAGAGUCCCUUCUUCGAAUGGCAGCUGAUGAUGUAGAAGAGUAUAUGAUUGAACGACCAGAGCCAGAAUUCCAGGACCUAAACGAAAAGGCACGAGCACUUAAACAAAUUCUCAGUAAGAUCCCAGAUGAGAUCAAUGACCGAGUGAGGUUUCUGCAGACAAUCAAGGAUAUAGCUAGUGCAAUAAAAGAACUUCUUGAUACAGUGAAUAAUGUCUUCAAGAAGUACCAAUACCAGAACCGCAGGGCACUUGAACACCAAAAGAAAGAAUUUGUAAAAUACUCCAAAAGUUUCAGUGAUACUUUGAAAACCUAUUUUAAAGAUGGCAAGGCAAUAAAUGUGUUCAUAAGUGCCAACCGACUAAUUCAUCAAACCAACUUGAUACUUCAGACCUUCAAAACUGUGGCCUGAAAGUUGUAUAUGUUAAGAGAUGUACUUCUCAGUGGCAGUAUUGAACUGCCUUUAUCUGUAAAUUUUAAAGUUUGACUGUAUAAAUUAUCAGUCCCUCCUGAAGGGAUUUAAUCCAGGAUGUUGAAUGGGAUUAUUGCCAUCUUACACCAUAUUUUUGUAAAAUGUAGCUUAAUCAUAAUCUCACACUGAAGAUUUUGCAUCACUUUUGCUAUUAUCAUUCUUUUAAGAAUUAUAAGCCAAAAGAAUUUACGCCUUAAUGUGUCAUUAUAUAACAUUCCUUAAAAGAAUUGUAAAUAUUGGUGUUUGUUUGACAUUUUAACUUGAAAGCGAUAUGCUGCAAGAUAAUGUAUUUAACAAUAUUUGGUGGCAAAUAUUCAAUAAAUAGUUUACAUCUGUUAAACAUUUCUUUACUUGAAAAAAUACAUAUAUAUAUAUGUGUAUAUAUAUAUAUAUAUAUGAAUAUAUAUAUAUAUGAUCAGAAGACCAAGACAACUUGGUGUAAUGUCUAAAGAACUUCUAACGGGAGCUUACUAGCAGUUUAUCAGAUAAUAAAGCAACAAGAAUUCUAUUUUUUGGUCCUUAGUCACUCUGGGCAAACGGUAGCCAAUGGAAAUAUUUUUGUUAGUUAUUAUAUAUGAGGUACUGAAUAUUUUUGCAACCUGUUUUAAGAAACUUAUGAGAAAGAAAUGGCAGUUUAUAGUGUCUUCACACUGUAAUGUCACUUCUUGAACUCUGUGACAAUGUAAAGUUAAGUUUUUCUGGUAUGCUGGGCCCUACGUAAUAAGCUUUGUACCUUUUUUUUUCCAAAAAUAGCCACAACUAAUAGUACUUUGGAGCUAUACCAGUGCUAGUUGGUUUGGAAUUGUCAUGAGUUAUAAAUGUUAUACACACUCUUUAAAUAUAUAGAGCUUUGUUUCAUCAUAGAGAAGUUUUACGGAAAUUAUGUAUCAGGUGAUCAUAUUAAGUGAUUUCAUUUUUCAAUUAUGAUAAAAUAAAGGGAAACUCAGGAUUUGUUUAUCUUUUAUAAAGAUUUUAAAUGUUAAGCUAAAUUUCUCUUUGGCAAUACAAAUUUCUUUGCUAUAAUGCAAUUUAGGUUUUUUUUAACUUUUUUCUUUUCUAAAAAUAUAAAGAAUUACUAUCUUGGGCAACAUAAGAGGAUAUCGUCCUAUUAGAUAUGAACAGGAAGUAUAUGGAAAGAAGCAAAAAAAAAAUAGACAAUUGGAUGAAAUCUCAUCAUUUAUGGACAUUUUACUGAAUUGUUUUUUUUUUUUUUCAAAAGUUCAUAGUAAAACAAGUGGAAUUGGUGAUUUUAAUACUAUUUAUUUUUGAUAUAAAUUAUUCACUCUUGGAAGUAGACAGAUGGUUGUUUGCAAAAUAGACUUGUGAAUAUAUGAAGAAAAAAUAUACUGUUUUAUCUUUUUCUGAGCAGCAGACUUUUAUAACAUAAACUAAUACUAUGUUCCCUCCAGUUGUCCUGACCUCUUUAACGGAACUCACCAGUUACCAGCCAUUCCCCAAAUCAUCUGUUUUUAUAAGCCAUCUGUCUUUCCAUUUCACUGUCCAGUAUCCCUGGCUUCCAUUUACAUGAAGUUUACCACAAAGUUUACUCAGAAGGGGGGGUUUGUUCUCAGGAUAAUGCAGUUUCCUACAUGAUCCUAAUGGGGCCGCGUUUGGGUCAGUGAGGAAAGGGCCAAUAUGGUCCUAGUCAGAUUCAUCUCCAGAGAACAGGAAAAAAAGGAGGAGGAGAAAACAUUUGUUGAGCACCCUUCUCUUUGCCAAGAAUACUUUGCCAAGUAUUCUAAAUACAUUCAUUGAAUUUAAUUCUCUUAACAGUCCCAUGAUUUAGCUGUCUGCCUUGCAGUUAAGGAAACUGGCUACCGGCACUUAAAAUUACAAAGCUAGCAACUGCUGGUGCAGGGAUUUGAAUUCAGUGUUUGCCUCCAUGAUCUUUCCACUGAUCUGUACUUCAUUCAUUGCUGAAAAUCCAUCUGGCUUAGAAUACUAAUUCCCUAACACCACCUGACAAAACACUCCUCGUCCACAGGGAAAUGGGAAAAAUCAGGACAGUGUGAGAAGUUUUGAGAAGUUUUUCUCUUAAAUCUAAAUUUCUGCAUUUUAGAGGCCCAUUCUCUCUCUCUCUCUCUCUCUCUCUCUCUCUCUCUCUCUCUCUCUCGUAUUAUUCCUAUGUUUUGGAUGUUUAAAAUGUUCCCUCUUCACACUUUUUUAAAUAGAAUAGAUGUUAGGGUUUUGUUUUUGUUUUUUUUUAAGUGAUUGCAGUUUAAAUAACUUUAUUAGCCAAACAUGAAGUUCACAACCCAGUAUCACAAUUCCUCCUAAUUGUUUUUUUAACAUUAUUUUUCUAUAUGGAAAUGAUUUAAAAUUUACCAAAAAUUGGCAAGACUUAGAAUGGUACGAAGAACAUCAAUACAUCUUUUAUCCAGAUACACCUAUUGUUUAGAGGUUACCAUUUUUUAAUCAUUUGGCUGUUCAUUUGCCCUCAUCUCCCCUUUACUCUAGAUCAUUUCCAUGUCUGCCUUUGUCUUUAUGGCAUUGAUAUGACAUGUUUUUGAAGAAUGCAGUCUUUUGGCACCCCCCCCCCCCCCACUACGUAGAAUGUUCCUCAUUUGGAGUUUCCUCAUUAGAUUCAGAUUAUUCAUUCUCAGAAUACUCCAUCGUUGAAACUGUGUCAUCAGAGUAUCACAUACAGAGUGUCUGUCUGCUAUUGGUGAUGUCAGUUUUGGUCACCUGGUCAAGGUGUUUUUCAGUUUCUCCAAUAUAUAGUUAGUAUUUUUUACCUGGUGUCUACUAAACAAUCUGAGGAAGACUCUUUUUUAAGUCUAUGUUAACAUCAUAUUCCACCAGGAUUUAGCAGCCUUUGGUGAUUUUUCCAACUCCAGCAUUCUGUCCUCUACUGUAAGCAGGAGCCCUCCUCUGUCCCCGUCCAGUCAUUCAUCUAUGCUUAUCUAUGUGCAGUUUUAUAUUUACUAUUGUUUUGGACUCCUGGUUGUCUAUUUUUUCAGUGGCUUAUAAUUCAUUACUUACUUUGGUGCUUACAUUGUCUUAAAUUUGCUCAAUGGGAGAUCCUUCAGUCUGGCUCCUAUGCCCUUGUGGCAUCCGUUUUAAUUUUUUUUUUUUUUUUAGCACAUUUUCUUAAAUAAAAGAUGUUCUAGGAUCUAGAAUUAGCAGUUUCUUCAAGAAACUCCUGGGGAGUGAUAUUAGACACGUAGGUCUGGUUGCUAGGUGUCAUCUGUUUCUAGGCCUGUUCAGACAGAUUUAGGAAAUGGGCCUAUACAUACAUAAACGUAAUAUGAAUGCACCAUGUACAUUUCACAGGUACUUCUAUACACAUCGUGUUUGAUUUCAGAAAUCAUGAGUUCACACUGAUAAUUUCAGUUCCAGGCCAUCCUCAGGGUUCUUUCUUGCUUUCUCCAUUCCAUAUUUCUCUGUCUCUUUUUCUUCAGAAUUUGGGCACUCCAAAAAGUUCAUUUAUUCACUCAGUCAAUCCUGUAGUACAUCUAAAAUAGUACUGAGAAUUGUUUUGCCCAUGUCACUGUAAAAAACACUUAAAAGCUUGUUUGCAGUUCUCUCCCCACUUGUACUCUGCCCGAUAAUAAGGAUAUAUAAAUACAUUCUGUGUUCAUAAAUUACUUGGAUUAAUUCUUUUUCCCCUCUUUUACUGUGAUUAUGUUAUUUAUUUGAAAUAAAUCGAAUUCAUUUGUUUCAGUUUUUUUCCAGGUUUAAGGUUCCCCCAAACACACGCACACAUACUUCAUAUCCUUGUUGAUUUAGUUUUUAAAA